UUAGCAGACUUGGUCUUUAUGAGCGUGCUAUAUUAUUAUUUACUAAAACUUGCUAAACCCUACAUUUUGUGCUAAAUUUGUUACAAAUUAAUUAUACAAACAAAGAAUCUAAGAUUAAAGCUCUUCCUUGAAAGCGUGAGAAAGAAGGUUUGAUAUUUGAGAGAAAGCAAGAGAUAAAAGCCAAUAUUUUUAAGCCAACAACUGGAGAUUAUAGAGGAGUCACUAUUGUUCAGGAAGGCCUACUUUUCUGGUGAUUAGGCAAAGAUAGCCUUAUCUUUGUCAGAAAAAUUAAGAGCAUUAUUCCUUCUAUGAAAGAAAGUGUUUAUAUUGGGAGAGGUAGAGAAACCUCCAAACAAGUCUUAGAAUUCUUUGUAAACUAUUUUCCAACCAAAGUGAGGAAUCUAGUUUUAUUUCCAAGCAAAUUAAGUCCAUUUCCUAACUAUUUUCAGUAGUUUAUCAAAGUUGGCUCUAAAAAUGAAAAUAAAACCAGUCUGUGUGAUGUCAUUAUUAAUUUAGAACAUCUCAAGAAAAUUUUAGCUGCUUUCAAACACCUGAAAAUAUUCAAACUCUACAGAUGAAAGAUGUUGAUUCCUGAAGUCCCUGACUUCUCGAACUCUCUCAGAGGGACUAAACUUGAGGAAAUACACUUAACAGAGUGAGAGUUGAUUUGUAGAAGCAAUUGAAAAAAGAAUAACCACGAAUUCGACAAUUUAGUAAGAGGUUUGGCUACUUCAAGAGAUGUAAAGAAAAGCCUCAAGCUUUGAAUUACAAAGGGACGCAAAAUUGAUGGGGAAUAUACUAAGAAAGUGUUGAAGGAUAAUAGAUUCAGUCAUAUUAAGUUAGAAACUUAG